AUGAUGGGACAGUUCCCGGAGGAUGUGGUGGGUGGCUUCACCACAGAGGAACUGGAAUGCAAGAUCUGCUACUGUGCUUACAGCCUGUCAAGUCGACGACCCAAGGUCCUUGAGUGCUGCCAUUGUCUUUGUGCCAAGUGCCUUGCAAAAAUUCUCGAUUUAGGAGAAUCCUCUCCGAAUGCAGUGGUCUGUCCAUUCUGCCGCUACAUCACAGACCUUCCCGGAGAAGACGUGGGCAGUCUACCAGACGAGUAUAACUUGGUGUCGGCACUGCUGUCUAUCCAGACACGGAAGCAUCAGAACCUUAAUGACAACCAAGGCGAGAUUCUCCUCAGUCCCAGACGCCUCAACUCUCUGGUGGGACACUCUGCCUCAGCUUCUCCCACCUCGAUUCGUUCCAAUUACGUGGUGAUCACCAUUAUGGAGCCUCGGCAGGAGUCUGUUAUUCCAGCUCGGGGUAGGGAUUACCGCUCUUCCAGCCAGGACUCCAUGGCCUCGGUUACUCAGAGAUGGACGGUGUGGAACUGUGCGGCCCUGCUAUGCCAGACUUCAGCACGCGUCCUGGUCUGGCUGCUGGGGCUGCUGUACUUCAGCUCGCUGCCUCUAGGGGUCUAUCUGUUAAUCAUGCAGAAUACCACGAUGGGGGUGUUGAUGGUCAGUCUGGUACCUGUCAGUCUUCUCAUCGUCAUGGUGUACGGCCUUUGCCAAUGCCUGUGCCGUGAGUUUUGGGACUGUGUGCCACCAUAA